GGUCGAAGUGAAAUUAAAGCUUUUCUUCAUUUCUACCUAUUUUCUUCUGUUUUCUCCAUUUCUAUCCUCCGACUCCGUCUCAAUAAAUUCUUCCUCAUACCGAUCAGAGUCAACUCGUUCGUUUCUGCCUUUGCAAACUCAUUAAUUCCAGGGAUUUGGGAGGGAAGAUGAGCGAGGUUUAUCAAGGAUAUGAAAGGCAGUACUGUGAGCUGUCUGCAAAUUUGUCAAGAAAAUGCAACUCUGCUGCUUCUCUUCCCGAUGGAGAGAAAAAGAAACAAGAGAUUUCUGAACUCCAAGUAGCUUUGGAUGAUGCUGAUGUUUUGAUUCGAAAAAUGGAUCUCGAGGCAAGAAGUUUGCAGCCAAGCUUGAAAGCUACACUACUUGCUAAGCUAAGGGAAUAUAAAUCUGAUCUGAAUAAGUUGAAAAGGGAAGUUAAAAGACUAGCUUCACCUAAUUCAAAUGAUCCUGGCCAUGAAGAGUUGUUAGAAUCUGGAAUGGCUGGUGCAAAUUCGGCUUCUGCAAAUCAGAGAGAGAGAUUGACAAUGUCAACUGAGAGGCUCAAUCAAUCGACUGAUCGAAUCAAGGAGAGUCGAAGAGCUGCACUCGAGACAGAAGAGCUUGGAGUGUCAAUUCUUGAAGAUCUGCAACAGCAACGUGAAACCCUCUUACAUUCCCAUAAGAAGCUUUAUGAUGUUGAUGAUGCCAUUGACAAAAGUAAAAAGAUCUUGACUUCAAUGUCGAGAAGAAUUAGCCGGAAUAAGUGGAUUGUAGUCUCGAUAAUUGCUGCUCUCAUCCUGGCCAUCGUCAUUGUCCUGUAUUUUAAAAUAUUUCACUAAUUUGAGCGAUUUCGUAUAUUACCAUGUACCAUAUGAUUUAUAUGAUUACUCGUGUGUGCUGGUGUGGGGAUAAAAAUUGUACAGCUUGACAUUUGUUGCUGAAGACAUGAUACAUUGUUGAUUUACAGUAGUUGAACUUUGGUAGUUUGUUUCAGUUGGUA